AUGCCGCAGAAGCGAGCGCGAUCCGGGUCCUUGUCGGGUGCCUCGAGCGAGGUCGAGGUGGCCCUGCCGGAGAGCAUGCUCGGGGUCUUUCGCCCGAGGCGCGCCACCACCGACAAGCGAAUGACCAACCAUCAAAAAUGCCUCGUGUUGGGGGGGCGCAAUAUGUCGAGCAAAGACCGCCAUCUUCUGCUGGAUUUGCGCGGCCUCAUGCCGCACGCCCGCCCGCACGCGAAAAUCGCACGAACGCACGACCUCGGCGACGAGCUUGUCGAGCUGAGCGACCUCCACCAGUGCAAUGGGGUUCUUUUCGUGGAGCCCCACCGAGGGGACAUUCGCUAUUUGUGGAUCGCCCAGGCCCCGCGCGGGCCGAGUAUUAAAUUCCAACUCACCAACGCCCACACCGCGGAUGAAAUUCGAAUGGCGGGGAAUUGUCUGAAGUAUAGCCGCCCGUUGCUGCAUUUUGACCACGCCUUCGAGGCCCAACCCCACCUCCGCGUCGCGAAGUCGCUUUUGCACAUGGCCUUCAAUACCCCCCGUUACCACCCUCUCUCGAAGCCGUUUGUGGAUCGAAUUAUGGCUUUUUUCUGGUUGGACCACCACAUUUGGGUUCGAAACUACCAAAUCGUCCCGACGGAUCCCCCAUCGCUGCUGGAGAUCGGCCCGCGCUUUACGCUGGCGCCGGAUUCGAUUUUAAACGGCUGCUGUAAAGGAAAUGUUUUGUGGAAGAGCGGGAUAACCAAACCGCCCACCACACAGCGGCGUAGUCGCCAACUUCGACGUUUGGAGAAGCAGAAAGUCAAUGAGGGGGUUCGGGAGAAGUCGGAGGCGCACCGAGCGAAAUACCCGCAGCCCGCGGUGGAUCCUCUGGACUUAGUGUUUAAAAGUUAA